AACUCUCCCCAACAACUUCGCUCUGCAAUUUCUUUUCCUUAAACUUCCAUCAACUCUAAACUAAAUGCUCUACAGUCGGAACAAAGAAACAUCAACGAAAAAGAAAUAAAGUUGGUGGAAAAAGAGUGGAUUUUCAGUCUCUGAAACUUCACCAUCUCUAUUCCCUUUUUAUCUACUUUCUAGCUCAUAAAACUUGCGGUUGAUCAGCAAUGAAAACAGAUAAGAGAAAAAACUACAAGUCUUCGUGGCCUAAAUUAAUCGUUCGGAAAUGGCUGAAUAUACCGAGUGGAGCUGACGAAUUUCAGUCAGAUUACGGCAUGAACGUCGAAACUGAUGAAAGAUUAAAGAGUUGCUCUGACCAGGAAAAUUUCUCAGAUGGAUGGUUGAUGGAAACCGCCGGAGGGAUUAAAUCGGUGAGUAGUAUGCCGGAGCCGCCACCUGUUGCCGAUUCACUCAACCUCAGGAUGUUUGUAGGGACAUGGAAUGUGGGUGGAAAGUCGCCCCACGAGGGUUUGAACAUAAGGGAUUGGCUAGGCUCGGCUGAUAUCUACGUUCUUGGGUUCCAGGAAAUCGUUCGUCUAAAUGCCGGCAAUGUGCUUGGAGCCGAGGACAACGAACCGGCUGCCAAAUGGAUUUCCCUUAUUCGUGAAGCUUUGAAUUCCGACCAAAGUGACCAAGAGCUUGCUCAACGUGACAGCAAUGCCACUGAAGAAAGCAGUCCAUCUUCGCUACACCUUGAGCAGAAAGCAAGCCCGAAGCCUAGGAUCAGUUUUAGUGAUCUACUCUCGAUGGAAGAUGAACUUGGCCAAGAGGAUUUUGAAAGAUUGCUAAGUUUCAAUUCAGGUUCCGUCGAGGAAAGCACUUCUAGCCCGACUUACGUGUCUAGCAGUCCGACCCAGCAGCGCUUCUGCCUAGCUGCCAGCAAGCAAAUGGUAGGGCUUUUCUUGUGCAUAUGGGUUCGAUCUGAUCUUUACAAGCAUGUCAGCAAUAUGAAAGUCUCAUGUGUUGGCCGUGGCAUCAUGGGAUAUCUUGGAAACAAGGGUUCGAUAUCCAUUAGCAUGACAUUGCACCAAACGACGUUUUGCUUUGUUUGUACCCACCUGACUUCCGGGGAGAAAAAAGGGGAUGAGAUCCGAAGAAAUUCCGAUGUUGCUGAAGUAUUAAAGAGAACAAGGUUUUCACAUUCGUUUAGAGAUAUUGGUCGUCCAUGUCCCCCACGGAGCAUUUUAGAUCAUGAUAAGGUAAUUUGGUUAGGAGAUUUGAACUAUCGGCUUGCUCCAGGUUGUGCUGAUACACUUGAUUUAUUGAACAAGAAUGACUGGCAAGCGCUUCUAGAGAAGGAUCAGCUAAGGGUCGAACAAAGGGUGGGUCGGGUGUUUUCCGGAUGGGAAGAAGGCAAGAUAUACUUCGCUCCGACUUACAAAUAUCUCGCCGACUCUGACGACUAUGUCGUCCAAACAUCUAACUCGAAAGAAAAACGACGAAUCCCUGCCUGGUGUGAUAGGAUCCUAUGGAGAGGUGAAGGACUUAAGCAGGUUUGGUACUCGAGAGGAGAGUGUAGGUUCUCGGAUCAUAGACCGGUUUAUUCUCUCUUCUCGGUCGAAAUGGAUUUAUCGAACAAGCAAAUACCUACUGCUAGAUCAUGCCCUCCGAGGUUUUCGUCGAAAUCUGUGACUUCAACUUGUGGGGGAAAGGUCCAAGCUGAGGAACUGUUGGUAGUUCCCAGAGCACAAAGCUCUGCAUAAAUGCAACUAAAAUUCAAAGUUACAGCUGAAUUGAUGCUCUGGGUGGACUAACGUGACACUUGUGUUGUCGAUGACGACAGCAGAUGCAUUUCCCGGUGCUUGAAGUAGGAAGAAGAAGAAUUGGAAGUGGGUUUUGGUGGUCAUUCCUGAUAUUUUUGACAUAGCAAUGAUCUCAAUGUAAAUAUGUGCAGACAGAUGAAGCAGCAGCCACAGGGGGUUUGAAACCCAUGCUUAUUUUUUGUUUAACUGGAAGAGAAGGUUUUUUCAGCUUUGUUUUUGUUUCAUUUGUAUUAAGUACAGAAAAGAAUACAUGGGUUAAAGAGAAAAAUGUAAAUGAAAAAAAGUGAAAG